UCGCAAUCGGCUUGAGAUGGACGUAAAAUAUUAGAAAGCUUUAAUUAUUUAUAUGCAGAAUUAGCAAACAAGUUUAUAUCGCCGGGGGGCAAAUAAGGGGUAUGAUCCCUGACGCACAGAAACAAAUACCUAUGAAAUAUUAAAAAGAAAAGCAGAGCCUGGUUCAGCUUUCAGACAGGGCCUUGCCAACCAAUCAGAGGGAGGGAGGAAGAGAGGAAGGACGCGACAAAACUACACCUCCCAGAAGGCCUCUGGGCUCCGUACCUCCUGAGUCUCAAGAUGUCUUCCUUAAACAGAAUGGUAACAUAUGUGAAAACUGCAUGGGGCAAGGAACCAGUGAUUGUAAGCUCCAUAGUCAUUGCAAUUGUGGCUGUAGCCCUGCCAUGGGUGAGCCCCAUUGCCCGUUAUUCUGCAUUAAUGAAUGAGCGCAUGCCAUAUCACUACCCAGUGCCAGUUCGAGAUGAUGGUAAUAUGGCAGACAUUCCCGCUCAUCCCUGUGACAAGGACGGUGAACAACUUGAGUGGCUGAGGAAAUGAGAAUCGGCAGAGGGUAGAUCUUCCCCAAAACUUCCCCUGCCUUGGUUGUACAUGUGUGUUAUUGUCGGGGGCAAUAAAUUUCCCUGUUGUAUUUAAAAGCAGACUUAUCUGGUUGUUGUGGCUGGAAAUUUAGAUCAAAGGGGGAACACUGCAUUUUUGGAAUACCUAUCCUCAUAAAAUCAGAUAGUUAAAAGUUCUUAUGAGGCUUAAUCAAGUCAUGGGGCUUUUUCAAAGUAAUGGAACUGGGAAUUUUUUUCUUAAAUUAAGAGUCUGAUACCAUUGCACAUACUGUCACAAACAGCAGUUUGUUAAAGAAAAACAUUGACAACCUGCUACACUAGGGUUUUUUUUUUGGGGGGGGGGAGAGGAAGAUUCUGUUUUUCAUAUUGUCAAGAAAUAUAAAAAAUUCCUUAAGAGAAGACUAUGCACUGUCAUAAAAUUGUUGGGGAAAAAAUAUGGGAGAGUUAUUUCAAACCCCAAUUCUUUUGACACGGCUUCCUUCCUUCCACCACCCAGUUCUAAAUUAGGACUUGAACCAAAGUCUUGGAGGAAAAUUUGACUGGUUUAUACAUGCUAAGCUAUAAUACGGUUUGUUUGGUUUCAACGUAGCAUGAUAUAUUAAUACAACAGUUAAUUUCUAAACUUAGGUCGGUCGGUCAAUGAUUUAAUGUGCUAUAGAGGCCCGGCUAAUU